GUUUGAUAUGAAGCCAAGUCUCUGAAUUCUUUUUGUUAACGUUGGACCAAGUUUUCUCUUGGGUUCGAGUCUUUCGUUAUUCUGACGCGUUGGGUGACUUCCCUUGUUUCGCAAUAAGUUUUGCACCAGGAAUCUCAUCUUGGUACAAUUCUCUUAAUCCUUUCUUUGAUUGAGGUUAACCUUUGGCCUCAAAGGCAACUAUGUUUCUCCUCGUCAGAGUUCUCCUCCUAUCGGUUCUGCUCCUCCUCGGGAGCACUACCGCCAAGGAAUAUGACUAUGAGCUUGAUGUCAGCAACCUCUUCCAAAAGAGGCAGAUCCUUCAAUCAUCGAUUGUGACUGGACUUCCUCUAGUCAAUGGCACAAUUCCGCUGAGGCGGGAGAUCAGGGAUUUGGAAAACGACCAUGAAGCAUUCACCCUCUACAUCUUGGCACUGAGCUGGAUGCAGUACACAGACCAGACCGAUGACUUCUCAUGGUAUCGAAUUGCAGGUAUCCACGGUGCACCGUACACGGAUUACGGGGGCGUCACAGCACUUCCCAACAAUACUCAUGAAGGAUUCUGCACACACGUUUCGCCCCUGUUCCCAGCCUGGCAUCGUCCAUACCUAGCUCUAUUCGAGUUCAUUGCCUCUCUCUACCCAGAAGGGCCGCAACAAGACCUCUUCACACAAGCAGCAUUGAACUUCCGCAUGCCAUAUUGGGAUUGGGCCGUCACGCCGCCAAAUGGUACCAGUGUUCUCCCUCUGAGUGUUGGCGGCUCUCCCGACGUCGAGGUCGAUGGUCCAAAUGGUAGACAGCGGAUCGGGAAUCCCCUGUUCAGUUACACAUUUAAGCCCUUGAACGCAUCGUCUUUCCCUGAGUACCCUUUCAACCAUUGGAACGAGACCAAGCGAGCACCGAGACCCAUAUCAAGCGUCAACCCCGUCUCCAACAAUUCCCUUGUAGCAAAGACUCUUGAUAGCCAACUUCCCAGCAACCAACAGCGCCUCUAUAAUCUCUUUUCGAACUAUGAUAACUACUCGACCUGGAGUAAUGAAGGGUGGAUCCCAUAUGGCAACAAUGGUACCUACGAUUCAAUCGAGUCGCUUCACGAUACAAUACACCUAGCGUGUGGGGGCAAUUAUGGAAACAUGGCUAUCAUUGCGUACUCGUCGUUCGACCCGGUCUUCUUCCUACAUCAUACCUCGGUGGACAGGAUCUUUGCCAUGUGGCAGACAAUCCAUAAUGAGUCGUGGAUAGAGCCAACACCAGCCAUACUUGCUACUCGCACCAUCUCAGUGGAUCAGAUCCAAGAUUCACAGACGGAACUAACACCAUUCUUCCACAACGAAACCCAUCUGUGGAACAGUGACAUGGUACGCGACCACAAAAUAUUUGGAUACACAUACGCAGAAACUGCCAGUGGAAGCCGUUCCGAUGUAAUUGCUGCCAUUAACCGGCUCUAUACAACAUAUAGCCCGGCAAGAAUGCUUGCAACCCGCAAUAAAAGGCAAGAUGGCGAAAUCUCCAAGGAUGGGGUACAUCAGACUCCCGAAACCUCUCGUGGAGCUGGUACGGAGGGUCCGACUUGGGACACCCAAGGGUCUAGUACACCUAAUGAACAGAUCGUGCAGGAUGGCAAAUACCGGGAGUGGAUUGCAAAUAUACACGUAAAUAAGCACGCUCUAAACAGGUCCUUUAGCAUCAAUAUCUUUUUUGGGGAGGUCCCGGGUGACCUUUCAACCUGGCAGAUUACGGGGAGCCUAGUUGGGACCAUGGGAAUAUUCGCACACAGCGGCAGCAACUCCAAUAUGGCACCCAACCAAAUUGCCGGCACCAUACCCUUGACGGCAGCACUGAUGAAUUUGGUGGACACCGGCGAGCUACGAAGCCUCGAUCUCGAAGCCGUCGAGCCCUUCCUACGUCAAUAUUUGCGAAUCGGGAUUGCCAUAAAUGACGGAUCUGUCAUAGAUGCCAAGGAUGUGGACGGACUCGGUAUCAGCGUUGUCAGCUCACAAGUCAACAUGCCUCAGGACAUCGGGGAGCUGGCAAGUUGGGGGGUGACAGUCCCACGUUUCGAUAUCUACUCUUGAUUGCCGGGGAGACAUUACUCGAUUAUUUAUAACUGAUCCAGCACUUGGCGUUUCAUGGCUGCUUUCUGUCUGCGGACAUGUAUUGGCGAUGAUCUUUUUGAC